AUGAGAUUGGAGGAAGAUGAUGCCAUUCUUAACACUAUAUCAAUGCGACGAGAGCCAGAGACUCCUAUGGACCGGAAGGCUUUCGUUCCCAAAAAGAACAAUUGGCGAAGCCACCCGUAUGGUCGCUCAAAUCAGUUACCAAGGGAUCAGAACACACAGGCGGAUGCAUUGGCCAAUCUUGGAUCCUCGUUAAGGGACAUUUCGUUUACCUCCAUCCCUAUAGUUCACUUAGCAACCCCUGCUGUUGCUAGGAAUGCUGGGGAUGUUGUCGCAACGGCGAGCGAACAGGUUCAAAGCAACCACAAAGUUGUUAAUAAUCCUGCAACUAUUAGCGACCCCUGUGCCGAGGAGGUAAAUAUCAGUUGGACAAAGCCACUUUACGAUUUUCUUGCUAACGAUGUACUUCCAACAGAUAAGGCAGAGGCACACAGAAUUCGAUUUAAAGCGUCGCGAUACAUACUCAUUCAAGGAGUGCUGUUCAAAAAGUCUGCUGCAGGCCCCUACUUGCGUUGCUUAGAGAAGGAUCAAUGGGGGCAAGUUUUGAAGGACAUGCAUGAAGGCACUUGUGGAAAUCAUUCAGGCGGACGCAACUUAUCCAAUAGAGUAUUGCGCAUGGGGUAUUAUUGGCCAACGAUGAGAGAAGACACGAUAAGGGAAACUGUCCCCGCUCGUCUCGUCAACAUUCCGACGAUUUCUUAUCAAACACCAGGCAGACUUGCAUUUUAG